UAUGUACUGGCUGGCAAUUCGUUUUAAAGCAAACAAUCGUAAAAACAGCCAGCAUCAGUGUGUGCUGCUGUAAGGUAAUCCUGCUACAGAAACAAUAAAAAACAUCCAGAACUGGUGUUUUUAAGUUUUCGUGCCGAUAUUGAUAUUUACUUGAUUGGAAAGUUGUAACAACACCGUGCGAUCAAAGGGGUGAAUGUUAUCAAUCUUUUGGACAUCUCAGAAAAAAAAGAAAAAAGAAUCUCUACGAAUUUGUAUCAAGUUAUAUAUUCAAGAUGGCAGUUCUCGAAGAUGUUUCAAUUUAUGUUGGUCUCAAUUGCCUUGAGGUGGAAAAUAAAUUAUGGAACUGUGUGGGAAUUCAACUUAUGCAAUAACUUUGUACAUUGAACUAAAACAAAAGAUCUGGUAUUUUAUAAUAAAAGAAAGAAGAAAACAAUUACAGAAAUCGGGAGUCUAAAAACAUUUCACUGUGCCCUGUUUAUUUUUUUUUACACAUUUUUUUUAUUCUGCACUAUUAUGUAUACUGUUGGAAAAAGCCUUAAUUCGGCAAGAGUGCAAACCUCAGUGCACAGCUCACCUGGUUUGCACCAUGAUAUUGAAGUGGAUGGGAGAAUCUUUGAUCGACCAAAAGAUCCGCCAGGCCAGCGGAGUCAUUACAUUUUACCUGGCGACACGGAACGGGAGGUCUAUAGAAUAACAACCUACAAACUGUUCCCUCUCAACUGUCCCAUUGAUAUCAUGCUAUUAUCAAGACAUGGUUUUUAUUACACUGGUUACAAGGAUCGGGUCAAGUGCUUCAGUUGCGGCUUAAGUGUGGAGAACUGGAUGGUAGGAGAUGACCCAACGUCUGAUCGAUGGCAUUUCGACACCUGUGAGCUCGCCCUCGGUACAGACGAUAGAAAUAUUCGGUUAAAGUCGAUUAACGGCGAUGAAAAAGUAAAGUUCACCCGGAGUGGGAGCCCAUCACAGAUGCCACAAGAAGGCUCAAUACAGAAUAUGGUAGCGUCCCAUUCAGCUAAUGGCUGCGGCGAGUUGAAUCAGGCUGCAGCUCCACCAAGACAAUUGGUUAACGUAGGCUCCGAUAGAGCAAUGCAUCAACCACAGGCAGCAGAUGCAGCCACACCUGAUCAUGUUGCACAAAUGCUUAGCAACACUCAUAUUAACAAAGCUACACCUAAACCCCCACUUCCACAAACUGCCAAAUAUGUUCCACCUUUCUCCAAUAAGAACCCGGGAUUUCAGUUCGCUAGCAUUGUAGACAUCGAGCACAAGAAAUAUUUGAUGUCAAUUGAACUUUUUAAAGAAGAAAAUAGAAGGGAAACUUUCAAGACCUGGAGCGCUGCCUUCAAUGAUGAGUUUGUGAAAGAGCUCGCUCGUUCUGGUUUCUUUUACCUUGGAAACCUGGAUCGAACCCAAUGUUUCUCGUGCAGUGGUGUGUUGAGGAACUGGCGAGCAUCGGACGAUGUGAAUGUUGAACAUUUCAGACAUUUUCCUCAUUGCAAGAUGGGGUCAAACAGCGAAAGCAAGAAUGUUCCGCUUCCGCUUGAUCAUCCAAUUGAUGUGGAUGACAUCCCUGAACCUCCGGACCCGUCUCCAAAGGAGCAGGAGGACCUUGUGAAGAUGUUUACGCUAGGAGCUCCCAUGAACCCCCACAUGAGGUCGCUAGAUGCAAGGGUCGCGACCUUUGACCGCCGAUGGCCGGCCAGGAAAGUCAAAGCUUCGGCGACCCACAUCGCAAAAGCCGGAUUCUAUUUCUUAGGUGACCGUGAUCGUGCUAAAUGCUGGUACUGUAACGGAGGUUUACAGAACUGGGACGCCAAUGAUGAACCGUGGGUGGAACACGCAAAGUGGUUUCCGGGAUGUGAGUUUGUCCUUCGAAACAAAGGGAUUUCUUUCGUGCACGAGAUUUACACGAACAACCCAAAUCUUAACCGUCCUGAAAUCCAAAACGCUCGAUCUGAAUAUUUGACGUCUCCCAAGAAAAAUGGGGGGGUUAUGAUAUCACAGACGGCCACAAUCACCGCCGGCGAAGUCCUCGCUAACUAUCUCCCACCACCACCACCAGAUGGAGUAGAGAGGUCCCCAGAGACAGGGAGUGCGACAGAUGUCGAUGCGAUGAUGAAGAAUGAAGUCGUAUCGGUCGUCACAAGCAUGGGGUUCGGACAUGACCUGAUUCGGAAAGCUGUGGAAAAACACAUCAGUAACAACGGUAGCAACCCACCAACCACUGAGGGUUUGCUAGAACUAAUUCUUCAACUAGAUGAAAAUGAUGAUGUCAUCGCUGAUGAUGUCAUCAAUGGUGAUGUCAUGCAGGAUGAUAUAGGUGCAAUAGGCGGUAUUGUGAUCUCACAAGGAGAAGGGGUGGAGACAAAAUCAAGUUUGAAACGAAACAACGACAAAGCUGAACAAGAUUCUGACCAAAAGCCGAUGAAGCAACAAAAAUUUGACACCAACGCCUUUGAGGAGUUAGAAUCAUUAGAGAUGGAACGCAGAUGUAGAGCAUGUAGAAACCAUGUUGCAGAUACCGUGGUGAUGCCUUGUGGUCAUCUUUGCUUCUGUUCCAGCUGUAGCUCCUCUUCUAAAAGGUGCGGUUUAUGCAGGGAAAAAAUCCAAUCUGUUAUGAAAGUGUAUUUGUCUUAAACCUGAUAUAUGCUAUUUUAAAUAUAUGAUCUUUUUAUUAAAUAAUGUUUCUUUACCAAAAAUUUUAUAUUUACUUGUUUUAGGGGAUUAUGUCCCUCUAGUUCACCCCUAGUCAUAUUUUAUGCUUAGCCUAACGUUCUUUGUGUGCGCAAUGAUUUUAAUGUAAAUAAGCUUUUUCCUUUAUAUGGGUGGCUAAAUGUCCUACAGUAAUGUAUGUCAGGUUCCCAUGUUGGUGCUUGGGAUGUAGGUCAGAGUAUAUUACCCAAAACACAUUGUUUUUGUAGCAUUGUGUUUAAACAGCCAAGCGUGAUGUAUUUUUACCAUACUUACAAUUUUCUUCAAUCUUUUACUUGUAAAAUAUGCUUUGUUGUACUUUUAAGAGAUUUUUGCUGUACUUUUAAGAAAUCAACUUAAUGACUUAAACUCAAUAAUGAUCGUAAUAUUCUAUUAUGCAAAGUUUUUAAAUCCUACAGUGUUUACAGUAUAACGUGCUAACUUACAAAUGUUCAAUUCUUGUAUACAAGCAUAAAGUUAAAAAUUAUAAAAAAAACACUGUAAUAAUAUCUUUCAAUCAUGAAAAGCACUAAAUAAUAAAAGUUGUAUUUGUCCCUAUUUUGUGUUUGUCCCAUGCUACGAUUUAUAACUAAAUAUUUAUAAAGUAGUCUUUGAGUAGUUUAUUUGCGCCAAUUAUGGCCAUUUAUUUGCGUAUCAAUUAAUAAUCAAUGCAGCAUUUUGUUUCUUGUAAAGUACCUUACUUUUUUUUAUCAACAAAGCUACAUACAAAUCUAUUCUAACCAGUAUGAACUAUACUUUAAGAGAACCCAUACGAAAAUUGAUUUAAUAUGCCAUAAUAUGCAAUAUAUUGAUCAACUUACAUUUAUAACAGAUAUUAAAAUUGCCAUGAGCCUUUUGUAUCUAUAUCCUGUCUUUUUGUUUUGUGCUAUGUCCUGCAUUUCUGUUUUGGAUAUUUUUUAAUCUUCGCCCAGCUAAGCGAAGAGAUGUUUAUAUUUUUAUUAUAUCAUCGCCUUAAAUAUAUUACUUUAGUGUGUAUACUAUAAUCAAUGUCGUUACAUAG